GCACACUGUCGCUUUUCCUGAAAUUAAACGCCGUUGUUGUCGGUUCAUGGGGACCGUCUUGGUUCCGUACGAACAACCUUCCAUCCACCGCAGGACUCAUACACAUGGUGCAGGGGGAGCAGGGUCAGGUCCUGAACGGAGACCGAGACAGAAGAAAAGAGAGAGAAAGAGAGAGAGGGAGAGAGGCCCAAUGACAAAGUGUUAUCGGCAGAAGGAGAGCAGAGCGCAGACACAAGGGAGUUUUUAAAAAAAAAAUUCUGCUUCUUACGGAUCUCGGAUCAUAAACAGUAAACAUGCAUCUGCUGGAAAUAUCUCUUCUCCUGGCAAACUUAAUCUGCACGAACCUGGCCACCGACUUCAGCCACAGUGACUAUUAUGAAUACUACGAACAGGAGCAGACGUACGAGGCGGACUCCCCACCAAAGUCAGACAUGGAACAGAAGCUGCGUUCAGCUUCCAGUGUAGAUGAACUAAUGACUCUUAUCUAUCCUUCAUACUGGGCUGCUCUCAAGUGCACAUCCAAACUUUCUACUGCUGUUGCAUCUACGGCCUCUAAAGUCUCCCAGCAUCCACAACCUCACUUACUGAGACCACUGGCAGAUCCAGAGGAAUCAACUUUUGCUGCUGCCUACCUCAACUUGGAUGUCCUCAAAAGUAUAGAGUCAGAGUGGAGAAAGACUCAGUGCAUGCCCAAAGAAGUGUGUGUCGACGUGGGAAGGGAGUUCGGGGCUCCCACCAAUAUCUUCUACAAGCCACCCUGUGUGUCCGUCUACAGGUGUGGAGGAUGCUGCCACUCUGAGGACAAACAAUGCAAAAAUAUCUCCACUGGCUACCUCAGUAAAACUCUAUUUGAGAUCACAGUGCCAAUCACACAAGGCACCAAGCCAGUGACCAUCAGUGUGGCCAAUCACACCCAGUGCAGCUGUCUGUCCAAACUGGACAUCUACAAACAAGUUCACAGCAUUAUCAGAAGAUCCCUGUCCGAACAUACCAUCACCAACCACAAACCUACAAUGGCAUGUGCACCCACACAGACCCACAAGACCAUGGUCUGGAUAAUUGGGGACAGUUAUGUCCGGCGUGGAGCAGAGAGGGCUGCAGAGACCAUGGGGAGCAACCUUGGGAUUGAUGGAGUCCUCAUCCACUGGUUCAGCUGGGGUGGCCUGAGGUGGAGAGGCGUCCGUCCUUUUUUCGAUCAGUCACUACGGGGAAGAGCUGUACCAGAUGUCCUCCUCAUCCACUGUGGAGGCAAUGACCUCAGAAACAUCUCGAGUGUGAAGCUUAUUGAUGCAAUGAAAGAGGACCUGCACCACCUCCACUUACAGCAUCCAGGGAUGAGCAUCAUCUUCUCUGGCAUCGCGCAGAGAUGUAGGUGGAAAGCUGGUGCCAAUCCAGGAAAAAUCGAUAAAGCACGAAAGUUUGUGAACAGUGUUAUGGCUACAUAUGUUCAAAGUUUAAGUGGCCAUUUCAUACAUCACCCUGCCAUAAGGUUUGACACUUCUGGGCUAUUUUUGCACGAUGGAGUUCAUUUCACCACUAGGGGAACUUAACUAUUGUUAAACAGUUUUACAGAGUCCAUUAAGGCCCACGUUCAGCAACAUUAAACUUGAGACUUCACAACAGAUACAACGGAGGCUAUGGAAUAAAGUUUUGUGUAAAGGGAAUGAACAUUUUGAAACUUUUUUGGUGUUUUUACAACUUUUUUUUUUUUUUACUUCAAGCAUAUUCAAAAACUAUUAAAUAGCAAAUGAGACUAUAUACAAAAACUUUGACAUAUGGAGGUGACAUUACUUUCAUAUACCACAAAUUGUUCAAUAAACUCUUGUGCCCCUUUCAUGCGGACUGCAAGAAGUAUUGAACCAUUUGUUUAUGGCAUGUGUAAAGCAUCUGAUACUUAGGCCCCGUGUAUGCAGGCUCUAAGUAGGUGGUGUGCAGUACAUGUCAGAAUUUACCCUAAUCAUCCUCAAAUAUAUUCAACAGUUGAGUGUGGAAUGAAUGUGAACAUCAGACGGGGUGGCAAGUUUCUGGCUUUAGUGCUGAAAUACUUAGUACUUUGGCCCUUUUCAUGCAGGCUCUAAGAAUAUAUUUCAACAGAGGCUCAAUGGGGGGUUUCUGGUUUGCCCAGAUACAGCUCUGAUAUCAUGCUGAAAAUAAGAGCGUGCAUACCCACAAAAGACAACACACAACAGGAUUUAGACACACACAAGUCAAAAGCACACAUUGUUUCGGACAAACAACUAUAUCUUCGAUAUACAAACAUGUAUACACACACAUACUGUACAUGAAUAUACAUAUAUAAGUACAUAAAAACAGGAAGAACAAUGCACUCUCUUAUUAAUCACCAUAGAAAUGAAUUAAUUUGGUGAGUCGCCUGCGUACAAGCUUGCCUUCUUUGAUUUUUUUCUGUCUGCCUUCUUGCCAAAUGAUUCAUCCGAAUUUUACAGUACCAGGCAGAUGCCAUUUUCACCAAAAUAUGAACAUGGUUGGAUUCAGCACACAUAAACAUGUGGCUGUGUAAAUUUGGGAAAAGGUUUUUUUUCCAAAUAAUCUACUAGGACCUGAGUGGCAAUUGUCAAUGUUGUUCCUCAUCCUUGUGGAGCUUUCCCCCCAUUGAUUUUUAACAACCUCUGAAAGCGUUUCUCAGUGGCCUGACAAACGGCAAGAAUGCCGGGAGAUGGGCUUUGUAGGCCACCUCUGCUCUUUAAUACCAGAAAAGCAUGUGUGGAGUCCAAGUCAUCUGAUGUUAGUGCCUGUGAGCAAGGCAUACAGGUAACCUUCUGCUUCAUUUUUUUCACUAUGAAGCCUGUAAUAUAGCUGAUGGCUGCCUCCUUAUACUCUGAGAGAUCAUCUGAAUGUGGGAGGUCAGCAAUGAAGUCUUCAGGUAAAAGCACUUCUACAGGCUGCACAUCCACCCUGCAUGCUAUACUGACAUUUGCUGGUGUUGAAUCCAGGAUGUCUGUGUUGUCACGAAGAAGGCAGUUACCUGUCCCAGUCUUCACUUGGUGCCUAACAAGCAGGCGCUUAUAGGCCCCACAGAACUGCUUUGCAUUGGGGUUGUUGUUAAAAACCACCACGCGCUCUGUGUCACGGACUAGAGAGCUGGACCCAAGCAGAAAGCCAUACUACCAAGACCGGUGGAAUAAGAAUGAUUUUUAUUAUGGAUGAGGGUGAAUAAUGGCAGGGGAAUAAGAGGAGCCGGAGUGCAGGGGAAGCGGCUGGAAGAGUGGGUGUUGGGCCGGAGGGAUCCAGAGCCGGGGAUCGGCAGUUGGUGGCAGGCGGGGAACGGAGGUCCGAUGGGUAGGGGGAGCUGAGGGGAGGAAGGACGUCGGAUACUGACGAUCCGAGGGGCCAAGGUGUGCGGUGGGCCUGACAGCGGCCGACGUCCGGGCGGAGGGGACUUCCAGGGGGGAGGCGCCGGGAGGCGACGAGUAACCAGCUUGCUGCAGCGGCUUUCGGGUUUUGGCCGAGGGAAGCCGGUCGGGGAACCAGGGAGGGGUCUGAGCAGAAUGAGGGGUCCAGCGAGGGGAAACCGGUGCCGAAUGGUCCGGGGAGGUCGGAUGAGGGAGCAAGGCGGAGGGGAUCCCGGACAGCCGGAUCUAGGCGAAGGCAGAGGACAGAGAGUGUUAAAACACGGCAGAAACACAAGGAACUGUUGCGGCUAGAGCGUGAACUAACUGGUGAGUUGUGUUCAACGAUCUGGCAGGGUGUGGAAGGCUGAGCCGGUACUUAUUGCAGGAGGAGUAAUCAAUGAGAUGUCUUCCAGCUGUCCGGGACCUGUGGAUGUGGUUGAUUACCUGAGUGGAGUCAGCUGAGAAACUGAACUCCACUCAGGUACCAUGCUGCAAGGGAAGACAGAGGUAGAGGAGCAGAUGGGAGACUGGGAGGGAGACAAAGAGACAGAGAGACAGAAGCAGGAGUGAGGGAGAGAAGAGAAAGAGGAGCACAGAGGGAGAAAUAGGGGGAGACAGAUAGGAUAGGGGUAUUUGGAAUGCCAGAUGGGGAGGACGAGGGUGAGGAGGGAGCUUUGACACUCUUUUUUUUGUCUGCAUUUAUUCUCAUUGUUUAACUCCAUGGAAGGGGUGUCAACACUUUAUGAGAUUAAUGCAUAUUUUAGUCUUGCAGCCAAGUAUCUUAUUAUUUAGUGCAUGUGUGUGACCAUCACCAGCCCUCCCUGAAAGCUAAGCUGACACUCUUUAUUACAUUUCCCUGUUAAGAGCCAGGGAGGGCAGUGCUACACCUCGGUGGUGAUGUGAGGAGAAACAAAGGGUGGACAGGACGAGAGAGGAUGGACAGGGACAGGGACUAGCAAGCGGUGCUAUUACAUCUGAAGAAUAUCAGGUGUUGUGUUAUUCCCAACUAAUAAUUACCCAUCAAUAAGACAAACAAGCAAACACAUACACAAGAGAACAGAAAACCAAACAAACAAUAAAUAAAUAAUACAUAAAUGAAUAAUUAGCCAGACAGUACUGAACACCAUAGUUGUGGGUGUCAUGUUAGUAUAGAGUGGAAUAGGCCAGAAAAAGAUACUAGAGAAAGUGGGUUUAGUGUGAGAUUAGACUCUGGAGAGAGUCUCAGCACAUUCUGGUGGGUCCCAUCACUGCUCAACAGUGGAACUCGACAGGAGCUGGUGGGACCUGAGCAAACAUGCACAUGCAAGUGUGAAAGACCUCGAAGCCCAGAACAGCCAUCACAGCAAUGCAGGGCCAAGCCGACAUUGCGCCCCCCCCACAGGCCGCAGGAGUCACGGGGCAGCGCCCCCAGAGAGCAACCGGGGCCACCGUGUACCACAUGGACCCCGAAGACAAGAGGGAGCAGCUACCGACACCCCUAGCACGCCAGAACCGACCCUGGCAGCC